CUUCCUCGCACAAAUUCGUGUUUAAGACAUUAUUCAUCGCUUUGGUCGUGAGAUUUCAAAUAACAAUUUUAAAGCCGUGUGUCACUAUGAAAACGAGUGAAAUUUGCGUGAUUUGCCUCCUCUUGGUGUCGAUAUUGACGAAACGCGGCUCCGGCGGAGUUGUCGAGAAAUCUCCGAAUAUUCGUCACAGUUUGUGGAAGAAAUCAAUCGACACUGUAAUUUCCGAAAAUCAUUACAUGCUUCAUGAUGACGCUGCCUUUGGCAAGAAUCGGUACUUCAAAUGGUACGGAAGUUCGCCGUUUUGUUCCAUGUCUAACGAGUGUCCGACUGGAUUGACGGAAAUCACAGUGGCGUCUUCGGCACCGGAGGUAAUCAAGGGCUUGCCGAAUUUGGCACAAGUUUUGCCAUUCGGAAAACAAUGCGUUUCCGGGCAGAAAGUACUGUGUUCCGGUUUAAUUGACCACGAAUUGGAGAGAAUAAGAUCGCCGAAUUUGGAGGCGAUCAGUGGGAGCUAUUCUUGCGUCUGGUUCGGUACCGCACCCUUUUGCGACGGCAUUUGCCCCGAGGACAUGAUUGCGCAAAUGCAAGCUACUGAUGAUCCUGAUGCUCAGACCAUCAGCACUCACAACAACUGGGGACCUUUUGGUAGUCGGUGUUGGACUGGAGUGAAAAUCCUUUGCUGCAAGCAAGCCGACACAAACGACGUGGAGGAUAAAUGAAAACAUCAUGUCCACUCUAUGCCUUUGUAUUAGCUUUUGGAAAUUUUUCACGAAUUUUUUUUUUAAGAUAGAACAAUGACCUGUGUGACCUUUCGUACUUCGACUGCAUUCUUUUCGGCGCGAUUGUAAGAAAAAGACAUGCGUGGAAAGAAUAUUCAACAUAUGCCGAAA